UCUUGACUGGGAGAAAGCCGAUUGGGUCUUGAGAUCGUACCAGGAUACGGAAAGAGCGUCUGGAAUCCUAUCUCACGCAGUUCUCACUCAGUGCGCGAUUGGGCUAGGCGGAGACUGCGGGCAGCUCUUUUUAACAAGACUCAAUCCAUCACAAAUAGAAACCAUGUCGAAGGGAACAGCAGUUGGUAUUGAUCUGGGGACGACGUACUCCUGCGUAGGUGUUUUUCAGCAUGGCAAAGUUGAGAUCAUUGCCAACGACCAGGGAAACCGGACCACACCCAGCUAUGUUGCUUUCACUGAUAGUGAGCGGCUGAUCGGAGACGCUGCAAAGAAUCAGGUUGCAAUGAACCCCACCAACACAGUAUUUGAUGCCAAGCGUCUAAUUGGCCGACGGUUUGAAGAUUCCGUUGUCCAGUCUGACAUGAAGCACUGGCCAUUCAAUGUCGUCAAUGACAACAGUCGUCCUAAAGUGGAAGUUGAAUACAAAGGGGAGACCAAAACAUUCUACCCUGAGGAGAUUUCAUCCAUGGUGUUGGUCAAGAUGAAAGAAAUUGCUGAAGCCUAUCUAGGAAAGGCUGUUACAAACGCUGUUGUGACUGUACCAGCCUACUUCAAUGAUUCCCAGCGGCAAGCUACCAAGGAUGCGGGUACAAUUUCAGGUCUAAAUGUUCUGCGAAUCAUCAAUGAACCAACUGCUGCAGCUAUUGCUUAUGGAUUGGACAAGAAGGUUGGUUCAGAACGCAACGUCCUUAUUUUUGAUCUCGGUGGUGGCACAUUUGACGUCUCCAUCCUCACCAUUGAGGAUGGAAUCUUUGAAGUGAAGUCGACAGCUGGAGACACUCAUCUAGGUGGGGAAGACUUUGACAACCGCAUGGUCAACCACUUUAUUGCCGAGUUCAAGCGCAAGUACAAGAAGGACAUCAGCGACAAUAAGAGAGCUGUUCGCCGUCUCCGCACUGCCUGUGAAAGAGCCAAGCGCACCCUAUCCUCUAGCACCCAGGCCAGUAUCGAAAUCGACUCCUUGUAUGAGGGCAUCGAUUUCUACACCUCCAUCACCAGGGCUCGUUUCGAGGAGCUGAACGCCGACCUGUUCCGUGGCACCUUGGAUCCGGUUGAGAAGUCUCUCCGUGAUGCAAAGAUGGACAAGGCCCAGAUCCAUGACAUUGUCCUGGUGGGUGGCUCUACACGUAUUCCCAAGAUCCAGAAACUGCUGCAAGAUUUCUUCAAUGGCAAGGAGCUCAACAAGAGCAUCAACCCUGAUGAAGCUGUUGCUUAUGGUGCAGCGGUCCAGGCUGCUAUUCUGUCUGGUGACAAGUCUGAGAAUGUUCAGGAUCUGCUGCUGCUUGAUGUCACCCCUCUGUCUCUGGGUAUUGAGACAGCUGGUGGCGUCAUGACUGUUCUGAUCAAACGAAACACAACCAUUCCCACAAAGCAGACCCAAACCUUCACCACCUACUCUGACAACCAACCCGGUGUGCUCAUCCAGGUCUAUGAAGGUGAAAGAGCCAUGACCAAGGACAACAACUUACUGGGCAAGUUUGAGCUGACCGGCAUUCCCCCAGCACCCCGUGGUGUUCCCCAGAUCGAGGUGACCUUUGACAUUGAUGCCAACGGCAUCAUGAACGUCUCUGCAGUUGACAAGAGCACUGGCAAGGAGAACAAGAUCACAAUCACCAAUGACAAAGGUCGUCUCAGCAAGGAGGACAUUGAGCGCAUGGUCCAGGAGGCAGAGAAGUACAAGGCUGAGGAUGAUGUGCAGCGCGACAAGGUGUCCUCCAAAAAUGCCCUGGAGUCCUACGCCUUCAACAUGAAGUCCACUGUGGAGGAUGAGAAGUUGCAGGGCAAGAUCAGUGAUGAGGACAAGCAGAAGAUCCUGGACAAGUGCAAUGAAAUAAUCAGCUGGCUGGACAAGAAUCAGACUGCAGAGAAGGAAGAGUUUGAGCAUCAACAGCAAGAGCUGGAGAAGGUGUGCAACCCCAUCAUCACAAAGCUGUACCAGAGUGCUGGUGGUAUGCCAGGGGGAAUGCCAGGGGGAAUGCCAGGGGGAAUGCCAGGUGGAAUGCCUGGAGGGUUCCCAGGGGCUGGUGGUGCACCCACUGGUGGUGGUUCCUCAGGGCCAACUAUUGAGGAAGUUGAUUAAAGAUAAUGUAACAUUGAAACAAGAAAUCUGCAACUCCAAGGGCACAAAUUGUAAGCCGAAGCUGGACAUUGGCUGAUCAUUAUUUAUUGAAACGGAAAAAUAGCUGCUAUGUUUGUUCUCAAUACUUGAAUAUGCACACUGUUGACACUGUAGUGUAAUGCAGUGGAAGUUAUCCCAAUCAGGAGUUCCAGUGAAUAAAAAAAAAAAAGUAUUAAAUGCUGAACUUGUUUUAAUUUGAUAGUGUAUGCAUGUUCACUCUUUCAUUUCCACUAGCAUUGUAAUCGUGGAAACACUAUUGUCUUUCCAUUCAUUUCACUCAUGGUGCAUUAAGCAAUAACACAUUUGGUUACAUAUGAA